UCCUCAGAUGGUACAGUCCGUUUAAAGAGCCGGUUGGAGUCUCUUGUGCGUUCAACUCUCUCCACGAGAGCGCGCGGCGGAAAGAUUCGUUUAGUGAAGCACGCUGUUUUAUUCUCUCCAAAGUCUCUGUCUCUCACUGUUUAUCUUUCUCUCUGACAGCCACGUCCAAACACUAAACAGUAUGGGACUUUGAAUAUCCGUUCUCACCUUGUGGAUUUUGGGGGGUUUUCUGAGCUUAUAAAAGAGAGCACAAGGACAGAAUGGGAUUUUAGUGUGCUUAUGAUGCAGCAGGCGAUAUGACACGCUCCGUGGGUUCUGUGGAUUCUCCCCGCAGGCGAAGAUCCGGAGAAUGAUGGACGAGAAUAAGCAGCUCGCGCAGCGGAUCGAUGGCGCGAUCCAGUGUGCGAAGCAGGAGGUGGCGAACCUGCGCGCAGAGCUGACAGCCACCGGUCACAGACUGGCGGAACUCGGCGAGCUGGAAGAACCGGGCGAACCGCAGGAACAUCAUCAACAACAGAACCACCACGAUGCAUCGGUGCAAAGACAGAAAGCUUUGACAGAGCUUGGUCAAAAAGGUGACGUUGUUCUCCAGGAGACAUCAUUAGAUAAAGUGCUGUUGCAUGAGGAGGUGGUGCGUCUGCAGGAGGAGGUGUCAGUGCUGAAGCAGGUCAGGGAGAUGUUGAAUCGUGAGCUGGAGGAGACAGGAGGAGGCUGCUCUGUGGAGCUGCUGUCCGUCUCACAGCUCCGAGUGCAGCUAACACAGAAAGAGCAGGAGCUGGACAGAGCAAAGGAGGCAUUACAAGCAAUGAAGGCAGACCGGAAGCGUUUGAGGUUGGAGAGGACUGAUCUCGUGAAUCAGAUGCAGCAGCUCUACACAACACUGGAGAGCCGUGAGGAGCAGCUACGAGACUUCAUACGCAACUACGAGCAACACCGAAAAGAGAGUGAGGAUGCAGUGAGAGUCUUGGCGAGGGAAAAGGAUCUGUUAGAGCGGGAGAAGUGGGACCUACGUCGACAAACCAAAGAGGCCACAGAACAUGCGGGUGCACUCCGCUCUGCACUGGACCUGAAAGAGAACCGGAUCAAGGAGCUGGAGGCUGAACUAACUAUGAUGAGUAACUUUAUGGCUCAGAAACUAGAGAGUCGCGUGUUUGUUCGAUCUCCAGAAAGACCAGCAUCACCUAAAACAGUGUCGGCAAAACAGUCUUUGGCUACUCUCACUAAGGAUGUUCCUAAGCGACAUUCGCUGGCCAUGCCCACGGAAACUGUCGUCAACGGCAACCAAGAGUGGGCGAUGCAUGCAGAGCUUCCUCUGACUGCGGCGAUACGACAGAGUCAACAAAACCUUUACCACUCAAUGGACAGACAGGUACUGAAAGCAUCACCAUGCGUUUGUGAUGCUGAUGGCAUCAGCAUGAUGUCAUCAGCCGCAGCCAGGAUCAGUCCGUGUCACUCGAAACAACCGUCUGUCAUCUCGGAUGCCUCGGUGAUGGAGGGAGAGAGAUCCUCAACGGCAUCGGAUUCACCUCGACACAGAACACACUCCCUCUGCAAUUCUCUAGAGGACCUAGAAGAGCAGAGACGCAGAAAGAAGAAAGAGAGGAUGGGUCUGGGCUCUUUGUCGCGGGUGUUCGGUCGAGGAAAGCAAAGAAAGUCCCUGGACCCCACUCUGUUUGAUGACACCGACAGUUUAUCAAGCCCCGCCCGCCUCAGUGUGAGCCUAUCAGAAUGCGAGGAGCAGCUGGAUCGGCUUCAGCAGGUGGAGCUCGCGCGGACGGUCCCCAUGUCUCGUUGGCGUGCAGGAACCGUGCAGGCGUGGCUGGAGGUGAUCAUGGCUAUGCCGAUGUACAUACGGGCCUGCGCAGACAACGUUAAAAGUGGGAAGGUCUUGUUAGUUCUUACUGAUGAGGACCUAGAAUUUGUUUUGGGUAUCAGUAAUUCAAUGCACCGCAGAAAACUCCGACUGGCAAUUGAAGACUACAGGGAUGCAGAAUCAGGACAUGGCCUUUCUAAAGCAGCUGAUCUGGAUCAUCACUGGGUGGCUCAGGCCUGGCUGACUGAUGUGGGUCUCCCUCAAUAUUCCCAGUUCUUCCACACUCACCUUGUGGACGGACGUCUCCUGAGUACACUCACACGGACCGACCUAGAGAAGCAUCUGCACGUUUCUAAAAAAGCCCACCAGAACAGCCUUCUGCUGGGAAUACAACUGCUACACACUCUCAGCUUUGACAAAGAGAUUUUGCAGUCCAGGCGAUCAGAGUGUGAGAAUCAGAACACAGACCCUGUAGUGUGGACUUGUCAUCGCAUCAUCAAAUGGAUCAAAGAGAUUGAUCUGAAGGAGUUUGCUGACAGUCUUCAGAACAGCGGGGUUCAUGGUGCUGUCAUGGUGUUGGAUCCCUCCUUCAGCUCUGACACCAUGGCAUCGGCCUUAUGUAUUCCAAGCAACAAGCACAUGGUCCGUCAUCACCUGAAUGAAGAGAUGAAGGCACUUGUCAGUGCGGCCAGGGCAGGGCUUGAUCAGGAAGUUGAACCUUUGGGGACUCCGCCCACACUUCACCGGCAAAGUUCUCUAAGCAGCUCAUCACCCAGUUGUCAUGAUGAUGAUCAGCAGUCUUUAAGGAGGGUGAAGCAGCAGCUCGGUCUCAGCCCGAAGAAUUUCACUGGGCGGAAGAUCAGUCACCAGAACAGGUCUGGCUCAUUUCCAAGGAAUGGACUUCAGGAGGUCUCGCUACAACAAGAGCGUUGCCCAGUUCGACAUUUUUCAGCUGCUGAGCUCACCAAUGUCUGAGGCUUUCUCCCGUCUAGACCACUGUUGAAAAACCUGACACUUUCUUAAAGCUCCCAAAUGGAGGGAUUUUCUUUUCUUUUCUUCAAGGUCAACAUUGAAGAAAGUUCAAAUUUUCUGACUCUGGACUUUCAAUAGGGGCAUUGGCAUUGUUUUGUAGUAGACCUUAUAUUGUUGUGAGUGUGGACUCAUUUGUCUCAAAGUGAGACAGAGUUAAGAAUCCAUUUGAAAGAGCACAUAACAUUUAUUCAUCUGUUUAGAUGUUUGAUGAAUCUUUAGCUGACAUUUAUGUGGAAAUUAGAAUUUCAUUAAUUCCAUUAAAAUUAAUGUUUUUACAUUGAAUGUUAGCAGUAGAUGUUCGAAUUAAAACCACAAAAUACUGAAGAUUAGAAUGUGAAAUGUCAUUAAAUAGUACAUUAUUAUUUAAACUGAAUGAAGUUCAUAUCCACUGGAGUUCAAAUAGUCAUGUGGUUCAUAUUAGAAUAAGGCUAAUCAGGAGGAUCAUUGAUGUCAGGUGAAUUGCAAGAUUACCAAUCAAAGUGCACAAUGUUUUAUAAUAAUAAGCCCAUUUAAAACCCAAACAGUUCAAAUCUGAUACUUUGGUGUCCUAACUGUAAAUCACCAACCUCAAUAUCAUGCAUGCAUACUGUAGUUAGUAUACUAUACUAACUCCAAGGUCAUGCACAUUGGUAAGUUGUAGCAGAGGUUAUUCUAAUCAUCACAGCAAAUGUGCAAAGAUCAAAGAUAUGACUGUUGUACGUUUACUUUGUUUAUUAGGCAACUUUUUGAAGCAGCGUAAAAGGAGGUGCAUAUUUUUAUAGAGUACAACAUGUUCUCUUAAUUUUAUUCUUAUUUCUGGUAGUUCGUCCUUAUUUUAGCCUAGGACAUUAAGACAAGAAACAAUUAUAUCGGGGUUUGCCAUUUAUAAAAAAUAAUCAGCUAAUGUUUUGUUCAUUUGUUUCUUCGUUGUUGUGUCAUUUGGUAUUUGUUCCACAUAUUUCUAGUAUCUGCAAUUCCCACAAUUUCCCCACACAGGAUUAAUAAUGUACUAUAUUAUACUGAGAAAAAUACGUAAUACAUAUGAGAGCACUCCUUAUUCUGUUUACUAUAAAAGGUACAUGACGUUCCUUAAUUUAAACAGACAGUUAAGAGGAAGCACCUUGCCUAUAUGGUCAACCUUUGUCCAACAUCAUUAACAUUGCCAGAAUCACAACUGCCCAUAAAGUAGUUAAAUAUUGUUGAGCGUUUGUUCCGCUCUAGGAAUUUAUGUUUGGGUGAACCCUCUUUGACACAUUUAUGUGGGUGCUGCUGGUGAUUUGACGUGCACCACCCUGACUGCAGAGUGGUGAUUAAUAAGGCUUGUAUCUUAAAACUUGUAUGAGAUUAGAUAUUUCUGAAUGUCAUAAAUAAACUCUGUGUCAGCAUGCCAAGAGAUCUACAGUCUUCCUAUUUUACAGUUAAAAAAACAACCCUGAAAUGAAAAUAAGAUUAAGACUUGGUUGCUUAAUCAGUUAUGAAACUGAACGAGUUUGUAUACUUCAUGAUUUUAUUUAAAAAUAAAGUUUAAAUUAUCUCUGUAUUAUA